AUGCCUUUAAAACGGAUCACAUUCAGUGGAAGACUGGGUCCUAAAGCAAAAGAAGAUGACGAUUAUCGAAAAAUUCUUCUACGAGGUUUAAUAUGCAUGGGUCUUGAUAUAGCGAUCACACUCGCAAUCUCGAUCGCUCUUUUCUACAUGUUUGCUGGGUAUGCUAUUUCACCCUACGAGCGCCCAAUCCCGUGUAACGAUGAUUCAAUAAAUCGACCGUUUCAAAAUAACACUGUUAGGAUGAAACAGCUUCUGGUUAUUUCUUUAGGAACACCGUUCUUCAUCAUCUGUUUUGUUGAGGCUCUGAUCUUUCGUGCCUCACAGGGAACUAACAAGCUCGCGAAUUAUUUCACUACAUCGACACUGCUGUAUCUUACUUAUUUGAUAUCAUUUGCCGUUUGCACAUUUUUAAUGGAGUACUUGAAAUGUACUAUUGGCCGCCUGCGUCCCCAUUUUCUUGCUGUCUGCCAGCCUGAUUGGUCUCGCAUGGAUUGUACGGACAAGGACUAUAUCCCAGGUUUGGCAUCCCUUUGUUUGAUUCCAAUUAAGCCGAAGGAAGAAAAUUUUGCUUGUAACUUUCCUCGCACCUAUCGUUCGCAAUUGUUGGAUAUUGAGUACUUCUGUCCUUUAGUGGAGAGUGGAGAGCAUGGGAGAAUCCCACUAGCCGGCCGUAAAAGACGUAUUUCAGUCUCUGAAACAUUUUGUUUGAAUCCCGACACUCGGCGGAUUCGUACUGCUAGGACUUCGUUCCCAUCUGGACAUACUGCGGCCGCUUUCCACGUUUUGAUGUUCCUUGGGUUAUAUUUAUGCAGGAUGGCGAAUAUCACUGGUAUUCCAUCUCUAUAUAAGACUCGGAACAUAUUAUUAGCUAUUUUCACCCUUUGGACAGGAUUUACCGCUAUCACUCGAAUUACUGAUUACUGGCACCAUCCAAGCGAUGUUCUCGGUAGGUUGCCUCAUUUGGAAUCAAAACUUUUCAAUAUGACGGCAUUAGGCCAUGAUCAGAAUUAA